ACGAAAAAACGACCACUUUAAUGCCUAAAGAAGAGCCACGAAUACCAAAAUCAUCAGAGACGACGGAAGAAAGCGAACAUACAAAGGUGAAACUAGAAGAGGAGGAACAAGAAGUUGACGUAGAAACAGCAGAAAGUUCACCAGUGUCUAGAGACCAAGGAGAAUCGGAACAUAUUAAAACCACGAAAAAUAUUUUUUACAACAGGCCAAAAGAAACGCCAACCCGGAGGUCGUCAACUCGACAGUCAAAAGAAGAAUUUAAAGGACGAGAUAUUGUGUUUGUCGAUCCAUUAGAUUUAAAAGCGAAAUUUUGGUGGCCAGCAAUGAUAGUUCCAAAUGACGAGAUUGACGAAACAAUGGAUGUUGAUGGCAAACUUGAAGUUCAUUUACUCGCGCGGAAAUUCCUUGUUAGGUAUUUUGAAGACAUGACUUAUUCAGUAGUAGAAGCUAAAGGAUUACGUCAUUUUAGGAUAGAUGGGGAACCUUAUCAAUCAUUUGUAAAAGUAGAUGGAUUUUCUGUUCAUAUUGGAGUUCGGAGAGCACUGAAAUGCAUUCAAAAGGGAGAACCACUAAAAGCGUUCAGAUGGGACUAUUGGAAGCGACCAGCCUCACUCGAAAACGGUGAAAAUAAUUCGUCACAAACUUCUGUUAGGAGACAUAAAGCCAGUGUACCUUCAUCAUCGAAAAGAAUAGAGAUUCCAAUAAAUAUGUUUGGUGAACAUUCUACUACAACUUCAGAAGGGAACAUACAAAAUAAAGAGGAAAGUACAUCCGGAUCUCCAGCAUCGGGAAUGGAUAUAGAUUCCGAAACUGUUAGUCCUACUAGGCGGAAUUCAUCUUUAUCUAACGGUCGGAAUUCACGGAGUAAUGUUUCACGUAAGAAUUCAAUCGUAAAAAACUCCGACGAAGAUGAAUUACCGAACAAAAAAAUACCGAAACGACGGCGUAGUACAGCUAGUGAAACAUCUGACGGUAAGCGACGUCGUAAUGUGGUAAACGAGAAUACGGAUAAAUAUGAAGAGAAAUCAGUUCGUAGUACUUCUAGUGAUAAAUCUGAAAGCAAACGUCGUCGUAGUGUUGGAAGUGAUAAAUCUGAUAGAUCUGACAGGUCUUACCAAGCAAGCAAUAAUUAUCGAGCAAAUCGGACGCCAAGUCGGAAACAUAAUAAUAGUUCAUCUGUGGCAGAAUCAAUGGACCAAGACAUUUCUACUACAGUUACAUCACCAAUUUCUCUUGGAGUUGAAUCCACAGUUGUUGAUGAACCAUCGGAGAUCGAGACAGAAGUCAUACCUUCAGCAAAUAGCCCAAUUGAGCAGUCCGAAGAGCCAAUAGAAAUUAUGGAGGAGGAAUCAUCAUUUAAAUUAAACAAACAAGAAGAACUUUCAAUAUCUGAAUUAGGUGAUGAAGCGAAAGAUAAUAUUGCACGAUUUAAUUUUGAUAAUCCGACACUAAAUAAAGAAGCAAAAGCAAACUUGUUUAUAGAAGGUAUAAAAGAACUGAAAGAACUCUGGCGAGACUAUCGAGAAUCGAAACGGCAAAUGAAAAAGAUUGAAACUGAAUUACGUCUUAAAAAAUUAGCAGAGUUAAGAGGUACAAACGCUCUUAUUGAUGAUGAUGAAAUCUGCGAUGGAUGUGAAGAAAGUGAUGUAGAUUAUAAAAAUCUCAAGUAUGAUAAUAAAAGAUCGGUUUAA